UGAGGCAAGCUACCCUUUGGAAAUGUGCUCGCACUUUGAUGCUGAUGAGAUAAAACGACUAGGAAAGAGAUUUAAGAAGCUUGAUUUGGACAACUCUGGUUCUCUGAGUGUGGAAGAGUUCAUGUCUUUACCUGAAUUGCAACAGAACCCAUUAGUACAGCGAGUAAUAGAUAUUUUUGACACAGACGGAAAUGGAGAGGUGGACUUCAAAGAAUUUAUAGAAGGAGUCUCCCAGUUCAGUGUCAAAGGAGAUAAGGAACAGAAGUUGAGGUUUGCUUUUCGCAUUUAUGAUAUGGACAAAGAUGGUUAUAUCUCAAAUGGAGAGCUCUUCCAGGUGCUGAAGAUGAUGGUUGGGAACAAUCUCAAAGACACUCAGUUACAGCAAAUUGUAGAUAAAACCAUAAUUAACGCAGAUAAGGAUGGUGAUGGAAGAAUAUCCUUUGAAGAAUUCUGUGCUGUUGUAGGAGGCCUAGAUAUCCACAAAAAGAUGGUGGUAGACGUGUGACUCUGUAGGGCACCACCCAACACUUUUGCUUUCUUCUCCAUCUCUGAAGAUCUGCUCAAGACGUCCAGCAAUGCUCUCUGUGUAUUUAAAUGGAAGUAUUUUUCUCUGUGAAGCCACAUUUUCCAACAUGAGCCUCAUGAAGCCAACUAAGUGUUAUUGAACUUUUAUUCUCUCAAUAACUCAGUGUAGCACUUUAAAGUCUGAAGGACAGCAAAGAUGGAAAGAGCAUAUCAGUGUGGUGGAGAAAGGGAAGGGGUUGGCUUUUUAAUUUAUUUUUCUUCAUCUUUUAUAACAAGGAAAUAUCUAUCUAUAUAUAUAUAUGUGUGUGUGUAUUUAUAUAUAGAUAUAUAUGUAGCUUUCUAUAUGUAGUAGCUAGGUGGGCUUUAAUUUAAUAUACUUGAUUCAGAAACAAAACUAGAGUACAAAGUGCCAAGCAGAAUAUUAACAGCUCAAUAUAUGGAUAUUCAUCCUUACUUUUAUUUCACACAGUUUUAUAUAUAUAGUAGAAGAAUGUAAAAUUUUAACUGGGUGUUAGGUCAACUCUUUUCCUUUUCCUGUGACUGUUCAGAUGUUUCUAUAUAUUGACUGGCUGACAAAGCAUUGCUUCUUAUUAAUUCACCUUAAUUACAGUUUUUGUAACACAGGAGGCUAAGUUUAUUUAUACCUGUUAAUAUAUUACCAGGGACUGUGUCUCUUUGCUAAAUAACUUAGUACAGUUCUACUUAAUAGGAGAAAAUAUAGUUUAAUGCUACUGCCAAGAACUAGCCCUCGUGUGCAUAUAGUAACUGCAGAAUGCUUUGAUGGCCACUAGAUUCUGUCACCUGGGAACGUGGAGCUGUUCCAGCUGUCCUGAAGUUAAGGCAGAUCUGCUGUUCUGGAUUCCUUUUAGAUACAGCUGCUCAAGGUGUUAGAUGCAUUCAUGAUUUUCUCUUGUGCUUAGCUUGAUGAAAUUAGGAUUGACAUAACUGUGCAGGAUUCCCAUCUACUUAUUUUAUACAGUGCUUAGAUUAUAAAACGUUCUUGCCAUUUAAAUUCUGUUGUUUCAACCAUGAUAGUUUCCCCUCUGCAUUUAAAGAUUACUACAGGUAGCAUAAAUAACUGGUAAUAUUUUAUAUAUAUAUAUAUGUAU